AUGCCAGGGACCUUGCUCCCUCCUCGAUCCAAGCGGCACCACGCGCAAAUGGAGCGAGUUUCAGCGGCAAAGCCGGAUCUUUACUUGAUCUCAAGUGAAGACAUCAUUUACGAGCAGGAUCUCGGAGAAGAUCCUGGAAGUAUUAAGCCAUGGAUAUCUUAUAUCGAAUAUAAGCAGCAAAAUGGGACACUCUAUGAACAAGCCUUUAUUAUGGAACGGGCCUGUAAACAGCUCCCUCGGUCCUACAAGUUAUGGAAACUGUACCUGGAACUCCGAAUCAGCCAUCUCCGUGGUCGCAACCCUGCUCUCCACCGCGACGAAUACCAGAAAGUCAACGGACUCUUCGAGCGUGCCCUAGUCUUGCUCAAUAAGAUGCCCCGGAUUUGGGAGAUGUACCUUUCUUUCCUGCUGGAACAACCACUGGUCACACAGACUCGUCAGACCUUUGAUCGUGCACUUCGUGCUUUGCCUAUCACCCAACACAACCGCAUUUGGAAGCUAUACAAAUCCUUCGCUCGUUCUGCCUCUGGAGAUACCGCUAUCCAAAUAUGGGCACGGUACAUGCAAGUCCACCCUGAAACAGCGGAGGAUUAUAUAGAGUUGCUCGUGGAACUCGGUCGCUACACCCAAGCCGUACGAAAGUACAUGGAAAUUCUCAAUGAUUCAACCUUCCGGUCGAAAGAAGGCAAAAGCCACUUUCAAAUUUGGAGUGAGAUGGUUGAGCUGCUCGUCAACAAGGCAAAGAAAAUCGACACCCAGUCUUAUGGAGGAAUCGAUGUCGAGGCCAUAAUCCGCAGCGGAAUUGAACGAUUUUCUGACCAAAGAGGAAGACUUUGGGCCGGUCUUGCUACAUACUGGAUUACGAAAGGCAAUUUCGAAAAGGCUAGAGAUGUCUUUGAAGAAGGAGUCACUACUGUCAUGACAGUGCGCGAUUUCACUAUGAUUUUCGAUUCUUAUGUAGAAUUUGAAGAGUCAAUUAUCGGCACUCUCAUGGAUCAAGCUUCUAUUCGUUCUAAAAAGGGCAAGGUUGAUGAGGAUGCAGACUUUGACCUCGAUUUGCGCAUGAUGCGAUUUGAGCAGCUUAUGGACAGACGCCCUUUCCUUGUCAAUGAUGUUUUGCUCAGGCAGAACCCCAACAACGUCAUUGAAUGGGAAAAACGCGUUGGGCUAUGGGGCAAAAACAAGGCAGAGAUUGUCAACACAUACGCCGCUGCCAUUGCUGCUAUCAAUCCUAAGAAGGCACACGGCAAGUUCCAUGAGUUGUGGGUGAACUACGCCAAGUUCUAUGAGCAAGGGGGUGAUCUCGACACUGCGCGAGUCAUAUUUGACAAAGCUGUCAAAGUCCCUUUCAAAACAGUAGCCGAGCUGGCUGAGACAUGGUGUGAAUGGGCCGAAAUGGAACUCCGAAACGAAAACUUCGAUAAGGCGGUUGAUAUCAUGGCCAAAGCAACUCAAGCACCUAAAAAAUCGACGGUGGACUACUUCGACGAAUCUCUUUCCCCUCAGCAACGAGUGCACAAGAGUUGGAAACUAUGGAGUUUCUAUGUCGACCUCGUUGAGAGUGUUGGCACCACCGAUGAAACUAGGAAGAUUUAUGAUAGGAUCUUUGAGCUACGGAUAGCAACGCCCCAGACGGUGGUCAACUUCGCCAACCUUCUGGAAGAGAACAAAUACUUUGAAGAGUCUUUUAAAAUAUACGAACGUGGCUUGGAUCUAUUCAGCUAUCCUGUGGCAUUCGAGCUUUGGAAUCUGUACUUGACCAAGGCCGUGGAUCGCAAGAUUAGCAUUGAACGGCUACGAGACCUUUUUGAGCAAGCUCUUGAUGGAUGCCCUCCCAAAUUCGCCAAAGUAUUGUAUUUGAUGUAUGGCAACUUGGAAGAAGAGAGAGGCCUUGCCAGACACGCUAUGCGCAUUUACGAACGUGCCACGAGGGCCGUCUCCGAUGAAGACCGUCUCGAGAUGUUCAACUUUUACAUUACGAAAUCUGCGUCCAACUUCGGGUUGACAUCGACCCGUCCAAUCUACGAGCGUGCAAUUGCAGCUUUGCCUGAUAGUGAAGCUAAGGAUAUGUGCCUCAAGUUUGCGGAGAUGGAGAGAAGGCUCGGUGAAAUCGACCGGGCUCGUGCAAUCUAUGGGCAUGCUUCGCAAUUCUGCGACCCCCGUACCAAUGCCGGCUUCUGGCAGAAAUGGGAGGCAUUCGAAGUUCAGCACGGUAAUGAGGAUACGUUUAAGGAAAUGCUCCGCAUUAAGAGAAGUGUUCAAGCACAAUACAACACCGAUGUCAAUUUCAUUGCCUCUCAGGCCAUUGCCCGUAGCCAGCAACAACGCGCCCAAGAAAACGGAGAAGCAGACAUGGGAGACGAAGAGGCAGACAAGGAACAAGCGGACGCGAUGGCAGCACUGGAACGCCAAGCUCGUGCCCCAGUUGGGUUUGUUGCUGCUAGCACAGGUCCAGAAGGCGGAAAUCGCCCAUCUGGAGCCCAACAACCUGCGCCACCAGCAAACGUAAAUCCCGAUGCUAUCGAUCUCGAUGAUGAUGAAGAUAUGAACGAGUAA